AUGCAUGAGCAUAAAAAAUCAAUCGGACGGGCUUUGCUUUCUACGUAUGCAAGAAAAGGCUUCCAGGAUUAUUCACAGGUUUGAGUUAUAAAAAUUUCUCCUAUUUCUGUUUUAUACUCUACGUCUGGGAGUUUCGAACUUUUUCUCCUGAUACUUUUAUCUCGCAAGCAAAAAAAUUAAAUAGAGGAACCAAAAAGGCACUGAAAAAUGAGGGAAAUAAUAACUUGUUUUUCUUUUGGGUAAUUUUUCAUGCUGCAGUUUUGCAAAUUAGAACUCCUAAGUAAGCUCUAAAACAAACUUCACCGGGAAGCUAAGUUCGAUUUUCAGGCAAGGUUGGGCUUGCAACCACGUACAUGGCACCUUAACGAGGAAAACCAAUUUAAAAUAUUUUAGAACUAACACGAACAAGAAAAACAGGCCAGUAAGAUUCUUAAGCUGUUGCGCAAGAACUUUGAACGCGCUGUAAUUGAUUAAGCGUGUAAAAUGCACUGAGUAUGAACUGAUUCAAAACAUUCGAUAGCUAGCGGGUUUUAAUAGAAAUGAUAAUUGAAGCAAGCAAACAUUUUCUCCGAAAACCCCGGGCAACUAUGAUUGAGCCUAGAGUCUGAUAUAAAACCUGACAUUCGAAUGCAGGCACUCUCGACAAAAGUGCGAGGGAAUUAACGUUUAAGAUGGUAUUUCUUCGAAAUAUCCUUACUUUGUUAAUUUCAGUACAACGGGUAAAAACUAUUUCUUUUUAAAUAACAUAGUUUGUUUUAUCUUCGAAGCAUUCCAAAGGAAAAACUUAAGCCUUCGUAAAUUAUUGUUUACUGCUCGACUGGCUAACCGCUCCCUGAUUAUUUCUUUGUCCAUAAUACCACAUUUAUUUGUCACCUAAAUUAUUAAUCUUUUGCUACAGCUUUGUUAGUAUGCAACACCUGAUCUAUUGAUAUGGCAAUUCAAAAAUAUGCAGUGUAAUAAGGACUGGUUAUCAAACGCUCAUUGACUAAACUUAUCGCCUUCUUGAAAACAAUGAGGAUUUCGAGUUAGGAUACUAACUACUUUCUUCUAUUUUAACGUAUACAUAUAAACCAGUUUUAGCGCGGUCAGUUUCCACGUUGGCAGAGCCGAUUAAGCCUCAAGGUAAUGGUAAAAAAGAGGGGUUAUUGAUAUUUGUUGAAUGCAAGGAUAAGCUUUGGCCGUCACCUGGUAUAUUUGAACAAUUCAGUAAUCGAGAGUGCAAUGGCUGCAUGGGCGGACUGUCCAUGUCCGCCGCUGUUGCGAUGAACGAAUCGUUCUUUUGCAAGCAGUUGAGGCAAAUAAAUUCGUUUAGAAUCGAUCUUUAUUUCUAGAAGAAACUCAGUAGAGGCGCUGUUUCUUAGAUUUCGUAACAAUGUAUGUAUAUGCAUGGAACAUCGUUAGAUCAUUCACUAGUGUACGAUCUGUGAUCCCUGUUAACAUCGAUGUAGAGGUUUGUAUGUCGUUUGACAAAAAUCAAGCGCUGUACCUUAGAGUAGGAUUUUAAGCUAGCCCGUUGUUAGGAAAAGCGCUCAAAAAUCGAAUAAGUAUAUGUCCUUUUUAUACUGUGUAAAUUCGGACGUGUAAAUCGCGGUCUGAUAAAGACAAGUGACCAAGCACCUUAUAAUUUUGUCGAUUGUUAAUUUGAAAUGCUAUCGUCUUUGUACGUAAACAUUUUUUUUUUGGACGUAAACUUGUCAACAAAGAAGCAAGAAAAUCGGGAUGGUACUAACUACGAGUAAAGCUACACGACCAGUUUUUCAAUCUAGCCAGGAAACUGUGAUAUUUUACAAUGACAAUGCUCUUAAACUUCGUUGCGAUUAUCCACUUUUCGAGACAUGGCGCUUUCUUCAUGUAGCUGUGGAAGCCUACUUUUUAGAACAGUCGAAUGCAUCGGCUUUUUGUGUUGACUAGCUAGGAUAUAAUCAGAGCCUCUACACAAUGCAUGACUUAUAAGCGAUGUUUUACUGUAGUGAGAAAUGUACUAGGCUUCUUAGACCUCUCCUAAUCACUGACUUCGAAUCACUCCUGACUCACCGAAAGAUCCAACAAUGUUAUGAGAAGACAAACCCCUUUAUUAUGGGCAGUAUUGUAAAGCAAAUCCAUGAAAUCUCCGCGGACUUUCUACCUAAAUAUUCCUUAAGUGUGGCAGAUUUUGCUUCUUUUAAAACCAAGCGGUAAAUGUUUUGGCUCAAAACCUAACUUGGCUUGAUAAUUUGUCGAGGUUUUCAGGCUAGGACUAUUUCCGGCCAAACAUGGCCAAGGCCGCCGAAGGACACUGCAAACGAAAUGACUUGGUACAUUCAUUAGAUUGAUAUUUACUCCGUAAAGCAAAAUAGAACCAAAAAUAAGUUAACCUUAAAUGGCAGUCUUACACAUGUAACAACGGCUUAGUUGUUUGUCUCUCAUUGCUAACCAAAUUGUCACAGACGCCGUUUUGGUACAAUGUUUGACCUACAGUUACUCAAUAAGUUUAGUCAAAUGGUUGUAUAAGUGAAAUCAAGAUGAAUGCCUCGAAAAUUACUGCUAUCACUCAACCCGGGAUCCACAAUAAAUAAUCGUGUCCCAGAAUCAAGAAGUAGUAACUUGAGUAAUUCGAGAUACAACUCAUCUCCGUAAUACAGUUUCACAGACCCUCCGAUGACAAACAGUUACGAAAACUAGGAUUUAUCUCAGUAGAGAAAUAAAAGGACGGUACCUCACGACCAACACAGGAUGAAACUUCUUAAAACCAGAUGUGUAAGUCUGAAUAAAAAAAGAAAAAGACAACAGUUCAGUUCUUGCGCUGAACGCAUGCCGAAAAAUUAUAUAACAGAGAGAGGUCACAGGGCAAAGCUUCUCCACGUGCAGUACUAGUUAGGUCUAUAUGUCUAGUGCUUGGGUCUAGUGUGGAGACAACUGCAGCUCCCUUAACCCUCAGACGUGCAAUGUACACGCAAAGUCAUACCCCCACCGUGGUACAAGGGGGGGUUGACGGACCCCCCCCCCCCUCGUUUUUGAUAUGUUGCAGUAUAUGUUGCGGUUCUUCAGCAGAACUUUCACAUGGUACUAUCAACUUUGUUUGUAGAUCUUACUUUUAAGUCUUUGGAUGAAAUCCCAGGCCGGUGUAACCAUCCAAACACUUAACAAAAUGAAAUUUAGAAAUUUCGAUGAAUUUUGAUUUAGGCCACUUUUUGAACGUGACAGGAAUAAAUACCAUUUAUUUGAUUCUCAGUUACAUCAAUCUCCUUCGUGAGAAAAUUAAAUGAAACCAAACCUGGGUUAAAACCUAUAUCAGCCGUGUCCAUUUUACUUGUUUAUAAGUGUUUGCUCGAAGGGUUGACGAGUAACACAAGAAUCAGCGAAAGAAACUGGACACGGAAAUAUUAGGGUAUUUUGCACUCGUCGUUUUGGCUUACACCGUCUUGGUUUGCUCUCAUCGGACACAAUGACGCAAGCACUUUAACAAACACUGACGAAAUUGAAGUGAAUUCCAUUCUCUUUAAGAUUCUAUCUAGAAACGUUUUUCGUGGAAGCCGGGGGAGGAGGUUUAAACGUUGCUCGAACUGUUGAAACUGUUUUACAAUCAAGCACUUUCACCCCAACUUACCUUUACAUAAUACACAUUGAUUCCAGAAAUUUCGACUACAUAAUAUGAUCUCCAAUAGUAAAUAUCUCGGUUUCAAAUCAACAAGUUAAAUGUACAAAAAAAUACUGUCUUACUGGGUCAAGGCCUUUCAACCCCCCCCCCUCCCCCACCACUACCCUGGAUCGGUCAAUGCUCAUCUGCUUGUCCUUGCUUCUGUCCUGCGAUCAUGCGAGUAAAACCCCAAAAUAACUAGGCGUAAUUCUCACAAAGCCCUUUUUUCCCAGCUCGUCGAGUUUAUAUUUUUACAUAAAUUUUGGUGCCAUCGUUUAUAUCCUUGCGUAGACGAAUAAAUGGUAAGAUCAAUUAAAUGGUAAAUUCACCUAAAGUCAUAACUGCUAGAGUAUUGCCAGUAGAGUAGUAUAGGCACUCGAGCGAAACAAAACAACUAGUUCAUACCUGAAACUGAAGGCCUUUAAAAAUUGAGUGAACUGAUAAUUCCUCUGGUUUACAGGACGUGAACCAUUCAAAUGUGCGUUUAUGAAAUGCGUCAUAAGCCUAAACAAGAGGCUAUGCCUGACAAUCCUUGACAUAACCAAGAAACCAAGCUAGUUUUCAAGGUUUCUUUCAAACCAGUGUUAUACACCGCUUUUUGCCUUAAUGUUGACUGUACUUACGCCGCAAAAUUAAUCCAAGCAAAGUUGAAAUUUCGGCAUUUAUCUCCGAUAAAGUAGCUCUACGUACAUAAUGCGCCUUAUCUGGCUGACAAACAAGGGUGAGUCACAUUACUAGACGCAUCUUGUUUCACAGGCUUAACCAAUUGCCAGUGAAGUGUGGAAAAAUCAUUUUGACGUGUAUGUCAUUUUGCAUCACAGCUUAAGAAACGGACUGGUAUGGACUGGUAUGGACUGGUAAAAGGAGGACCCUUAAAACAUGGACUAUAGUCAAAUUCGAACUUUUUAAAACGAACUAGGUAACCUUUGGAAUACGGAAUUCUGGAAGCGAAGAAACACAUUUCCUAACAACCAGUUUUUUGGACUUGAUUAAGCUUCAUUUUGGUUUUUGAGGCAUGCGCAUAAGCCAAAAUUUGGAGAGAACUGAGUUUUUGUUUAUGAGUUUUUUUGUUCUUAUUUCGAUCCUUUUUUCUUUCUUUCUCUCUUUCUUUCUUUUUCCCUUCUUUUCUAUCAUUAUCUGGUUUUGUUGCCCUCUUUAUCGUCUUUCUUUCUCACAGCAUUAUGGCUGGCUGCUUUUUUUUAUGAGAAUAGAUUUAUUUUAUAAGAAUAUCGAGGCUGAAAUUUGAGAAAUUUAAAGAAUAUAUUUGAAGAAUAAACGUAAGGCUAAGAUUUUGAAAAUGAUAUAAUAGAUCAUAGUAUUUUGUGUUGAAAAUCUGAAUUACAUGUUUUUAACUUAACCGAAUAAAAUUAUUGCUUCCUCUCGACGACAAAACUACCCAACAAAACUGGAAGAAACCUACGGUAAGGGACCGGUCAUUAUUUAUCGCCGGGGGUCGGUGGGGAUCACUUGAUUUUUAGGAGAUCAAAAGGGGGGAUCAGUCGUAACUGAGAACCCAAAAGGGGAGAUCACUAAAAACUUUGGAAGGAUUCAGAGGGGGACCACUCAAAUUUGCUUGGAAAAUGAAGACAUUAGAGGGGGGGGGGGAUCGCGAAAGUCAUCAAAUGUUAUUAGGGGGAUCACUUCAGUGAAGUAACAUUCAAAGAGGGGAUCGGCUAAAUUUCACCUUCUUUAGCCCCAAAUCCUUCGCCCCUUCCCCCCCCCUCCAGGCGAUAAAUAAUGACCGGUCCCUAACCAUAGCCAAGUGUUUAAUGCUUAAGACAGUUCGAUGAACGCUACAUGAAAUAUAUAUCUAGAGUAUACAGCACAAAAGAAAUUAACAAACUGCAAAAAGUAUAUGAUAAAUUCUUUCUUUUUAAAAUAUAAUAUAAGAACAAUAGAAGAACAUUUUCAUCCUAAAAUCGGCGGAAAAAUAAGAAUUUCCAGCCUCAGCCGGAAAAACAACAUUCUCACAAAAAGACUGUAACUUUCAAGACAAGGGAGUAGGUGAACAGCGAAAUUGGCAGUGGGGUUUUUCUCAAACAUCUUAGUGGGUUUUUGUGUGUAACUCUUGCAGGAUUGGUCAGAAUUUUCAAAAUGAGAUAUAUAUCUAUACUUCCUAACUCGUUGCUCACUUAUCUUAAUUAAUUAAACUUAAAGCUAAGUUUGUUCAGCAUAGUUCUUAUUGACCCUGACUCGAUCCGUGCCCAAGGGGUUUAACUCUUACCUGCAAAACGGAGACUGGUAAAAGGAGGACUAGUAACCCAUCGACUAGCAAAUGAGACGUAGCCUUCGAAAGCCUGCGCAUGCGUCCUGGCCACCUUAUUUACCCCUUUUCCUUCAAACGCCUGCCGAGCAGGCUCUGAAUAGGUAACUGCAGGAGCCCAUAACCCGGAGCGAGCAACUCCCAUACUAGGCCUAUGUCUCGGUGUUUUUACCGACUAGUUUAUUUUUAGACACAUUUUAGGGCACUUUUCGCCGCUAAAAUAGAAUCUCCACCAUGUCUAUGAGCGCAUUCGAAAAAAAGGCAAAAAAUAUCAUUUUUAGGUCUGUAGGUUUUGCUGACCGGUUUGUGGAAUAUAAAAGAUAUUCAAAAUCCGCCCCCAAACUGUUCUAAAAAUAAACUGGUCCGUGAAAACGCCGUGACACGAGCGCAUGGAAAUUGCUCGCUCCAGGUUAUGUGCUCCUGGUAACUGGUUUUGUUAUUUAUUCAAAUAUUUCUCCUUUUUCUGAUUGGCUCACUGAAAUAGGGCUGUGCCUAAGAUGCUCUAAAACGUUACCCCCCAAAUGCUAAAAUUUUCAAGUUGCUUUGCACAUUUCUACAAGACGUUUUUAAUUAACCUACCAAACAACACUUUCACUGUUCUUUGACUCCUAAGUUCCACGGUCGUUGUUACCACCAGCGGGGUUGGUUUCUGUUUGUUUGGUCGGGAUAUGUCAUUAUUAGCCUUAUCUGGUAUGCUUAGACUCGCACCUUAAGUGGCAUUAACUCUUCGAGGUCCCUAGAGGUCCUCAAGCGAGGGGUCGUACGGCUCCGCCAUUUCAGUUGAAUUCAUCAACUCACCGCUGACCACUUGAAUCGCCUAUUCAAACCACAGGCAAACCAAUGCGAGCAGUGCCCCACAAUGUGUUAUGAAAUGUUUAGAAAACUAUACUUUAUGUGACGGUUGUGACCAAAACAGCGGAAAAAGUGCUUAAAAAAUGCUUCAUAUGCCAGUUUGGUCUGUUAUAAUCUGAUGGUAUUGUCUUAGAGCAUCUGAUUAGAAGUUGCCCAAAAUAGACCUUAUUCACGAUACCCACCACCUUUGCACGCGCUUUAGGAUUGAUGGGAUAAAAGCAAGGUCACGUGGUAUUUCAGGGGGCAAAGAAGUGAUAGAAUUUGCGAAUAGGAGUAAUCGCGGUCGAGUUUGUUCAAUCUCGCAAAACGAAACGACGAUUUAAUAGUCAUCCAAAGUGUACGAUUCGAGUUUCGACAAGUUUACUUCGUUAUUUACCUUACACCCAACGUUCCCAAUCUCAACCUGUUGUAACGCAGCUGGAAAUAGCACUCACUGAAUCAAAUGGAAAUAUGACAAAUAUGUUGAAAAGGAAUGACAAAGAACGCCAGAGACGAAAACUGCUGGCAAAGGAUGGUGCUUAGGGCGGGGUAGGAAGCAGGCAGGCAGGAGGCAGAAAAAUUGUCUUCACCAGCCCAAAUUGGCUCUCUAGAUCUCGCACCUUUGCCGGCUCUAUGUUGCGCUCGGUCCUACUACACAUAUAAGCCCCUUUCAUGACUCUGUAGGUUGUAUGAGAAGGUCCAAGAGAACGUCCCACACUUGUUGGUUAAAGGGUCUGCCCACUAAAACGCAGAACCCGCGCUUGCGCCAUAAAAGGCAGAAUAUCAGACCCAGUUCCAGGAUGGUAUUGAUCAGCGGGUAUAAACCGAAGACCCUGCUCAGCUCUAGCGAUGACCAGCGAUAAACUGGCCUAUUGGGACAUACAAUUCUGCUUUGUGCAUAACCCGCAGAACGUCACUUGACGUCUUUCAAGUGUGCAUGGAGGGGGGGGGGGGGGCUCGAGGUGUGCGUGGAGAGCGAGAAGCUGACCUGAAAAACGCAAAAAUUACGCCUGAUCUGCAGCACUACGAAGAGAAAAGAGUAGACACGGCAGAUAACCUCGAAGAAAUGAGUUAUCUCUCUAAAUGAAUAAAGUGGCAAGGGGCUACUCACAUGAUACCGAAAUCAUCUUUAUCCUGGAACGAGUUCAUUCCAUCUCCAUGUUUUUCUCUGUAAUUGUUUACAUGAUACCGAACCAAUACAAGUCAUUCCGGAAUGAGUUCAUUCCAGUUUUUAUUCCCAAUAAAAUUCUUGUCCUGGUACGAAAUUUCAUUCUGGCAUCAUGUAAACUGAAAACGUGCGUGGAGAGCGAGAAGCUGACCUGAAAAACGCAAAAAUUACGCCUGAUCUGCAGCACUACGAAGAGAAAAGAGUAGACACGGCAGAUAACCUCGAAGAAAUGAGUUAUCUCUCUAAAUGAAUAAAGUGGCAAGGGGCUACUCACAUGAUACCGAAAUCAUCUUUAUUCUGGAACGAGUUCAUUCCAUCUCCAUGUAUUUCUCUGUAAUUGUUUACAUGAUACCGAACCAAUACAAGUCAUUCCGGAUUGAGUUCAUUCCAGUUUUUAUUCCCACUAAAAUACUUGUCCUGGUACGAAAUUUCAUUCUGGCAUCAUGUAAACUGAAAACGAACUUCGUUUCGGAUUAAAAAUUGCAGAUCAAGUAGUCUGGGACGAAUAGCGCACGCGUAUCCGAUCUGGGACGAGAACCACGCAAGCGAGAACACCUUAGGCUAAGCCGUUCGAUUGUAUCAUGUGAAUGCAGUACGAACUUCACUCUGGAACGAAACUCAUUGCGGAAUGAAAGUCAUUACGGUAUCAUUUCCACGGCCCCUUAGUUUCAGAGGAUUGGUCGGGGAUUCAAAUACAGUAAACAAAUAAGUUAAAAGCUAACUUUUCACGCUCUAGCUCUUCGUUAAAAAAUUGGAAAUUGAAUCAGCAACAACGAGGAUACGAUGUUGAGUAGACGGAUAAAAUCAAUACAGAUGUAUCGCUAGAAGACCAAUCUAAAGAGCUGGACGUACUUAUGAAAAGUGACUUGGGAAAAAUAAUGAAACAUAGGGCUUAAGGUUGAGACUAGCUAGCAUAGUGGUGCCAAUCAUUUGAGGCCAACGUACUAAUCAUAGUGAUGAUCAGAACAUAAAAUACGUUACUGACAAAUGCUUUCAUUCACGUACGAUUUCAGUGGAAUGGUGUACAGUCUAGAGUUCUCGCCUUCUUCGGAAGAGGGAAGGGGGAGAUAAGUGACGGGCCUUGGAGACCUGCUGCCCUUACUUUGAAGGUGCCAUUUCAAUAGCACACCUGUAGCAGGAUUUCCACUGUCGCGAAAUGUUUACGUGUCUGAUCUUUCAUAGAUAGCCUGCGAACAGCAGACGUACGUCCUUUACUUCUUUAUUAAUUUACUCGCUGAUUCUUGGCAGGGUCACCGCGACAGCGCGUGGCGCCACUACUUGGGCCCGAACAGUCCCUCCCCCCGCCCCAUGAGAGAUAGACCACCACACCGGGAACUACGUCCCCUUCUCUUCACGAAAAGUGAGUGGGUUCUUUUACGUCUCACAGAAUUUAUAAGUGUAAGUGCUGUGAGCCGGGGCCUACGGUUUGUCGUCCUUAUCCGAGAAGAUUGUAAAGUCUAUAACAGUUUGCGGAUGUCUCCACAAAGGCAGUCCUUUCUCCUCAGUCAUUUAAAGCUAAGUGCAAACCGACGCAACAUUGUUGGCCAACAACUCCCACCAUUUUUGGAUGUGACAUGUUGCGUCCGUUUGCACACCCUGUUGCGUGUUUUUGUGCAAAGUUUGAAACAGGUCAAACUUUUAGCCCCGUGCAAACGGGCGCAACAUUGUUGGGAGUUGUUGCGUCAGUUUUCAUGCAGCUCAAAAAUCCUGAGUGUUGGUCCUGCCGGGGUUUGAACCAACGGCCUCACGCUUGGCAGCCCCGCGCUUAUCCAAUUGAGCUAACCGGGCGGCGGUUAAACAAAAGAUUAUGCAUUUAUCCAUUUUACGCGCGUAGGCUCUUACCUAAGCUAUAUAUAGAUAGUAUAGGAGACUGGUUAUGAAAGGCGAAAAAGAUCGAAUAUAUAAAAAACGGUGCUGUAGUGUAUUUUGGGACCUCCCUGGUGGUGUUUAAUCCAUUUGUUUUUGUUCACAAAUUAUGACGGAAUGAAUUGAUGCGAUCAGUUUUAUUGGUCGGCUAAAUCCACAAAAUCAUAUAAAAAAUGAGUUCAUAGCCAUCCCCUCUAUUAACACUGUCCAAGCUUACUUGAAACGAAUAUGGUAUCGUAAUCAUCAUUGUGUUUUUACCACAAGAACUUUCCAAUUUUUUGACAUGUAUACAUUUUUAAAUUCCAUUUAGAUGAAUUACCAAACUGCUCCACAUCUAGCUUCUCAGCAUGAUGAUCUUUUAAGUGUCUCCUCCGAGACAAUACCAUUGUAUCAUCUACUACCCAUCAAGGAAGAGGCAGCAUUAGACCAAAGCUGUUGCCAUGGAGAUGGAUCCGAGCUAAUAAGUCUGAGCGGCCUGCUAGAAACUGCAUUUGAUAUUCAAGAUGAAAACGCCACUACCAAUACAACGUUCAACCACGCCAACGAUGGCAGCUCCUUUUCUGUAACUCAGGGUUGUCCUGACAACUGUCCCUGUGUUUGCCAUGUACCAGCUCCAUGCACUUCCUUUAAUCAGAGGCGCCCCUCUGUGAUCAUGACUCCUGUGGCUAGACGCCGCAAAGCAGCAAGUGAAUCAUGUACACACGCUCCUCUUAAGGUACGUACAGGUACUUUAGGGAGCUUAAUCAACAGCGUUUUAGAGCGACGGAAUUCAACUGGAAGUGGACUUUUUGCAUCAUUGGGCAGUGGUUUGGUUCAAACUCUCGGGCAAAUCGUCUUAAUAAGGGAAAAGAAACUUAGCAAUACAAAUUUGUUAGCGUAAAGGCACGUAAAAAGGCACGGUUGACGUGCGUGGCUCAACAAGAGAGCUUAAGCAAAGCCGUUUUUAGCGACGGACCGCUACCGGAAUUUGUUGUUGUUGCUAUUUUUUUUUCAUCCUCGGGCAGUGAUUUUGCCCAAAUUUGGUAGCGUCAAGGUUUAUUAACAGAGAAAAGGCCACACUUCCGGUUGCCGUCCGUGGCUCCAAAAAGCCUUUGCCCUUCCUUGAGAAGACUAGGGGUAUACAGGCCUUGCCCGCUGUGCAGGCAAAACUCAUUUUUCGGAUUCGAUUUGCCGACCCCUAGGAUUCUGAAAACAAAGAAGAUCGGAGAGACGAUCUGGAGUCAUGAGUUUCCGUUUGAAAUUCAUCAUGGCGGUUAUGAAUAUCCCUAGUCAGUCCUCGCGGGUAAACAGUGCAAGAAAAACACCUGCAUGAAACUUUAUACAACACUUGUCCACGUGCACUGUAUUAUCGUUCGGUUUACAAUUGGUGGUGUCAAAGUACAAAACGAACGAUGUUCUACUUGAUGAUGUACCCUCCACCCUCAAUUUGAAAUCUCCCCAUAACUAAACCCACAGCAAGUCUCACAAUCAUAGUUUGAAGGCCUAGCAAAUUCCUCUGUGAAAAUCGUCAUUUAUUGUUGGCGAGGCUGUUUGGGAUGUCCAGUUGCUUGCCCACGAAUAUGAAAGUAAAAUCUUGAUGGCGAUCUUUUUAAACGGCAGGGAACUCUUUCGAUAUGUUUUUAACUUUUUUUUCUUUAUUCUUCUUCCUUUUCAUGGGGGAGGAGGAUUCGUGUUUUUACUUCUUAUUCCGUAGACAAACACAUUUGCUUUGACAGACAAUCUUUGAUGGAGGAACGCCACUUGAAGCAUUUUUCACAAAGUCUAUCUUGAACUUCUUUAGUGAAAAAAAUAACUUAACCAAAAGAAAACGAAUGGCUAAGUUAUUCUUCUGUGGUUCUUUAACCAGAUUAACCAGAUUGGAGAAAACCUUGAAAUGCCCUUCCAUAUCGUUCCAAAUCAGGACGUCGUUACAAGCGUAAGUGUUUAUGUUGUGUCUUUUGGUCGAGUCAAAAUCUGAGAGCGCUAAAGACAAGAGCGUUCUAAUGGUAAAAGCAUUUGGAAAUCUAGAAACUACGAAACGCUAUUUUCAGCCGUUUCUUCAUGACGCAUUUCUUGAAUAACAUCACAGAUCUCAUUUAAAUGUAAAAUGGCGCUUUAAAGACUGCUUACAAGGUUGUUCGUUCCACGCAGUUUGAUACUGGUGUAAAAGACACGAUGCUGUUUUUGCACAGGUACCCCCAGCUCACGCGUGACACUCGUUGUUGCGUAACAGAAAUAUUAUAAGGGUUUGUAUGGAGAUUUAAGGUGACUCUACCCAGUUUUUUGGGGGGUACCAUCCUACUUUGAAGCUCUCUGGUAUCCCCACCUUUACGUUUAUCGUAAGUCUAACACAUAGAAUGGAUGAGCAAACUUGAGCACUCCACGCUCGCAUUCAUCUCUCUCUUUCUUGAUUGCAAUAUAUUUAAGUGCUCGUUUGUCCUGGCAUUACGUGAAAAAGACACAGUGGAUGUUGGUGAUGGUGAUAAUGCCUGAUAAUGGUGAUGAUGAUAUGUACAUAAACUGUCGGUUGAAACAGAGGACGCAAAAAACCACUUACUUAGCCAGCCAACGUUUACCAUAUAUGGUGAGUGCAUAUUGUAAGCAACGUUUAUGCCUCUUUCAGCAGGAGGAACAAGAAAGCAACGAGACUAUGGAUGUCAUUCCCGAGAAAGAAAGCAACAAAAGGGUGGUAAGUGUAUCCAAGAGAGAACAAUGAAACAGAGAGUGAAACGCCCAGUCUAGCCCAAAGUUAUUUUUUGACCAAUUACAGUCGGUUGUUUCUAAGAAUAGACACGCGACAAAAAAUCAUGUUCUAUUAAGGUGCCAGACAUGACGUGUUUUGCCACUAAACAUUUGAGUUUGACAGCCGUUAAAGCAAACUGUAGCGCAAAGGGCUUAAGUUGUUUGUAUGCUUUUGAACAGGGUGUUCCGCUCAUCUUUUAUUUUUCUCAACUUUUAGGAAUAUUUCUCUCUCAGAAACAGCACACUUGCAUCUAAGAAUCACUCUUUGGUGUUUACAACUCCAGAGAGGUCCGCAUCGUUUAUUCAUUGCUGUCAGCAGCCUUCCUGGUCAGUUGUAAAGAGAGAAUUCCACAGUCCCGAGAGAGAAUUAUUCUCUCUUGACAGUCGUCAUUAAAAUAUUCUGCAUUGUUUGAUUUGAGGCAGCCGCGCGUGAGCAUGAUCUCGUUUCAAACAAUCGAUUAAAAUGUGCGGACGUCCCAGGAAUUAGACUUCCGUUCAAAUACAGCCUCUAAAAAUAACUUAAGUGAAAUUUCCAUACCCCGGCCAACGACCUAAGACCCCAACCCCCCAUCCCCCCCCACACACACACACACACAGCUGUCCCAUUAUUCUCUCUUGAUGUAUCGCAUUUCAAGAAAUCAAUAGAACGGCAAAUCGAAUAAGUGUCCUUUAAACAAACCAGUAAUGGCAUACAUUAAGGCGGAGGCUGUUUAAUGACCAGUUGCAGCUACAACCAGUUGUGGAAUUUAUGCACUUUUGGCAUCGCACUUAUGGACAGUUACUGCAUUAAGAUAUUUGCAGGAGCAAUUAUUAUUUAUCCAGUCUGUCUGCUUUGACUUAUUCCUUAUUUGUCGAUCGGGGCACACUGGCUACAGUCAGCGCCGCUCAGAGCGGUACGCAUGACGAUCAAGAUAAACUCUAAUAAAUUUGUUUUAUGGUCAUUAAGUUUUUCCCUAUUUCACGCCACUUUCGCCACCAAGUAUGAGAUAGUCAUUGAGGAUAUCAACAAAAGAAAGUAAUCAGAUUCACAACAACGUUUUUCAGGAUCUCUCUUGUUCCCAUCCUAUGGGUGGAGAGGCCCUGAGAACGAGAAAGUCAGAUUUAGAGAAGAAUAUUGUUCGAGAGCAGGAUUUUUAUACGUAUAGUGCGCGUAUACGCGCAUAAAAAUGCAUUCGUGUUCUUUAUAGCUUGGAGAGAGUGCCUAAAUUUUUACCUUUCUUCCGUUGUUGCUGAGUUAUGUUAAUUUGCCGUUGAUGAAGUCUACAUGACGAGAAAAGUGCUGGUUUGGACCUAUGACGUCAUUGAAUGGCCGACAUCCUGACCACCAUCUUCUCUUUACCGAAAAUUCAGAUUUUUGCAGAUAGCAGAGAAACUAAGGAUGUUGUCGUAGUAACAUCAUGCCAUUUAUGACAAACAGCAACUGAAUGUCACCAACCUCGGUAAAAUGUGUUAGGAUAACAGGUUCUGCCUCAAAAUUGUUUUAAACAAAUAAGGCUUAAACCGUAUGAAGUUGUCUCCCCCUCCCUGUACAUCAGAGGCUAAAAUGUUUUGCAAACUGAACCAGUCACGGUGAACUUUUGCAUCGGUUCAUACGUGCCUGGAAGCCAAUUACGUUUCCUUGCAUUCACAAGAUUAGAGGAAAUCGUGUGAACAUAGCCUUUUAAUAACGAGUAAAUAAGAUGUCCACUCAUUUUGUGUCUGUUUGCAAACUUAAGCGUCUUAAAUGCCUCUGGACAAAGUCUGAGUUAAUUUUUUCCCUUACGAUAGGAAAAAGUCUGGAAAGAUACUAAAGACGGAAAGCGUUUCCUUCGAGCUAAUAUCGAUGGUCUGGUAACGAGAUUUAAGCUGACAGAAGAAGAUUGGGAAGUAAUGGAGAUCACCCAUUUCCCAGGUGGAGGUCGUUUGUUAGGUGGUGCCUGGACUACGAUUUUUAAGCGCGGUUUACACGAAAGCAAUCCCUGGUGCAACUUGCGCCUAAAGAAUAAUCACGUUCGAAAGGAAAACUCUCGAAAGAUCAUUUCAGCACCGUUCUUCAGAGGAUCUGGAAACUGCAAGCGCCGUGAGUGCAACAUGAAAUUCAAAAUGGUCAUUGAAGAGGAGAGGGGAAAAUACGUUAAAGUGACGUACACGGGAAAUGUUUGCCACAACCAUGAAUCAUAUCCAAUGAAAAAGUGACUUCAAGAAUGACUGCAAAAGACCUGACAACGGUCUCGGCAUUAAUAUUUCGGGCGGUUAGUUGAACCCGCCCAUGCAAGGAUAGGUUAGCUUUG